CUCCUGGCCAAUCAGAGCGGUCGGCGAGUGAGCGGCUGUGCUGUGAUUGGCUGGCUCAGAGACGCGAUGAAUGGCAGAUUCCUGCGGAGUCUCCUCACAGACGCCUGGAAGCGCUUCUCCUGCUCCUGCAUUCAGUGAUCACCAUGACGACCGCGGCGCAGACGCAGGAGCUGUACCGGCGCGCGGACGCCGUGUGCUUUGACGUCGACAGCACCGUGAUCCGCGAGGAGGGCAUCGACGAGCUCGCCAAGUUCUGCGGCGUCGGUGACGCGGUCACGGAGAUGACCCGGAGGGCUAUGGGCGGCUCCGUCUCAUUCCAGACAGCUCUGAGUGAGCGUCUGUCCAUCAUCAAGUGCUCAAGGGAGCAAGUCAACAAACUGAUCACUGACCACCCGCCUCAGCUGACGCCAGGUAUUAAGGAGCUGGUGGAGAAGCUUCAUCAGCGUAGCGUGAAGGUGUUCCUCAUCUCGGGCGGUUUCCGCUGCAUCGUUGAACACGUGGCGUCCCAGCUCAACAUUCCUCUCCAUCACGUCUAUGCAAACCGCCUCAAGUUCUUCUUCAACGGAGAGUAUGCCGGCUUCGAUGAGUCUCAGCCCACGGCGCAGUCUGGCGGGAAGGGCAGAGUCAUCAGCAUGCUGAAGGAGCAGUACGGCUUCCAGAACAUAGUGAUGAUUGGAGACGGAGCCACGGACCUGGAGGCCUGUCCUCCUGCGAGCGCUUUCAUCGGGUUCGGUGGGAACGUGGUGCGGCAGCAGGUGAAGGAGAAGUCCUCGUGGUACGUCACGAGCUUUGGGGAGCUGCUCAAGGAGCUGGAGAAGAUCUAGUGACGACUGGAGCAGUCCUGGAGUUCAGCAUACUGUGGUCAUGCACUAGCUUUGUGCCUUUCCUAGUUUCACCUAAUGCACAGUUCGUAACAUUUGUGUGUUUUUAGAGUUUAUUAUUGAAAUGAAAUUGUUUAUAUAGAAGACGAUCUGUUUUCUGUACGGUUAGCCUUUUAACUAAUGAAUCUUGACUCGUGUUUGGAGGUCAAACUUUGAGAGAACACUAUAUUACCCCUUGAUAGUGAUUAUUUUUAAGCUAACAACUGUCCACUUCAGUAUGCAAUAAAUAUUUGAAAAAUAGCAUUUUUAAUAUUGGUUAAGAAGUAAUAAAAAAGUAACAGCU